GCAAAGUUGUCUUUAUCUUCCCUAUAAUUCAACUGUGCACAAGUUUCCUUAACGCAUAAAAGUAUCGCACCGCCAAGCAUUUCUUAGCGUGCACAAUUUUUUUAUCUUCUUUUUAAUCUUCUCAAUACAAUAAUAUCUAUAAUACAAUAUGAACAAUGUGGAAAAUAAAACGGCGAUAGUCACAGGAGCCGGGUCCGGCAUUGGUUACAACAUUACCGAAGAAUUAUUACGCAAAGGCGCGAAGACAGUCGCCAUCCUCGAUUUGCCGGUAGCACGUAGUUAUGACGCGACAAAGGCUUUGCAAGAAAAAUUUGGAAAAGACCGUGUCAUCUUUUCUCCGAUUGAUAUAACGAACUUGGAAGUGUACAGCGAAACAUUCAAGCAGGUUGUUAAGGCUCUCAAUGGUCUCGACAUACUUGUUAACAAUGCCGGGAUAUGUAAUGACCGUUGUGUUGAGAAAACGUUUGCUAUUAAUGUCGUAGCGCUGAUUCGCGGCUCGCUGCUUGGAUUAGAUUAUAUGGGCAAACAUAAAGGUGGCAAAGGUGGUACCAUAGUUAAUAUAUCGUCUAUGUCUGGUCUUGCCCCUUUCGCUGUAUGUUCAAUAUACAGUUCUUCAAAAUAUGCUGUCGUCGGACUUGGAGCAAAUCUUGAGAAAUUUUAUGGUAAAACGGGAGUUCGCAUUUUAACAAUGUGUCCAUCGUUCGUUGCAACGCCACUGAUGAAUACUUCAGAGGAAACUUUUCUCGAUGUUGUCGACAAAGAUACUUUUAAGUUGUAUGACGACACCACAGAUUUGACUAACCCUCAAUCCGUUGAGCGUGUGGGACAAUGCAUAGUCAUGGCGAUUCAAAAGGGUAAAAACGGAUCGGUUUGGCUUAUCGAAAGGAAUGAACUAUUACCGAUCAAAUUACAGCCGUAUACAGUUACGGCUUGAAUGUGAAAUUCUUUAAACACGCCGGGAACUUCGUACGAACGCGUCUGAGCUGCAUAUGCGAGUGUCGGAAGAAAAACCUGAUAAUCCGAUAUCACAAAAUAGUACCACAAAGUACUUUGUAAGUUAACAAUACAGUUCUCUUAAAAUUGUACCGUCUCAGUUCCUGCCCGUGACUCAAUGUGGGAGAAAAAUUAAUUUUUUUUCGUAAUGAAAUGGCGGAAAACAAUAAACGACACAUACGAAAGUGCGAAAAUAAAUCACAGGUAAAUAGCAAAA